AUGGAUUUGAAUAUCUUCCUGCUACUGUUUAUCGCUGCACUCAAAUCUUCACAAUCCGAAGAAGUUGACGUGAAAAAUUAUGAAACGUUACUACUCAACACGAUCUUUAAGGACUACGAUAAAAGAGCUCGACCAGUUAAAAACCAUCACACACCAAUCGUGGUCUAUUUUGACAUUGAGCUGCAUCAGAUUAUACAAGUGGACGAGAAACAUCAAGUGAUGACAACGAACAUUCUGCGUUACUUGCAUUGGAAAGAUGAAUUCUUGCAGUGGAAGCCGGAAAUCUAUGGAAACAUUACGGAAAUUUCUACACUUCGUGGUCAAGUUUGGACUCCAGAUAUCCAACUUUACAAUUCAGCGUCCUUCGACAAGGAACUUGAUAGUGGGAGUAGUACGAGAGACCAUAUCACCAGCACCGGAUUAGUUUCAGAUGUAAUACCAAUGGUGUUGAAAUCAACGUGUAAAAUGGAUGUGACGUGGUUUCCGUUCGAUGAGCAGAAAUGUUUUUUAGUAUUCGGCAGUUGGACCUCCUCGUCAAAGUAUUUGCUUCUUCAAUUGAGUAAAGCUGCACAUGGCGAAAUAAGCUCCGACUACUUUCAGGAGGAUAACGGAGAAUGGAAUUUGCUGGGAAUAUCUUCCAAUAGCAGUUCUACCAUGUAUUCAUGCUGUCCGGACGAUGGAUACAUUAGAAUCAAUUAUACAAUUCAUUUGAAGAGGCGCGCAUUUUACUACUUUUUCAAUUUGCUCGUUCCAUGUGGCUUGAUCGGAUUCCUUGCUAUCUUGGGUUUCACCUUACCGCCAGAAUCGGGAGAAAAACUACCACUGGGCGCCACCAUACUCUUUUCUCUAAUUGUUUUUCUGAAUAUGAUCAGCGAGUCGAUGCCAGCAAAUUCGGAUACUGUGCCACUUCUGGGCACCUACUUCAACUGCGUUAUGUUCACCAUUGCACUGUCUGUCGUUUCAACGAUUGUCAUUAACGUUAAUUUGAAAGCUGCAAAUCCAAAGAGAGUGGACGGAUUGACGAAAAAAUUGUUUCUCCGUUGGCUGCCUCGGAUGCUUCGUAUGAAUAUCUCUUCAAAUAUCGUUACCGAACAGGAUGCAGUGUUGUGGAACAAGAAGAUGGUCAAAGACACGUUUACGAUACAAAUUAAACGAUCCGGAGGUGUAGAGACAGUGGUUACGUUUUCAUUGCACGCAGAUAAAAUUGUGGCUCAAGAGUGGAGCUGCGUUGCGGCCGUAGUGGAUAGAAUGUGUUUAGUGUUUUCUCUUAUCGUUACGUUCCUUUCAGUUACUAUUUUUCUCGUUUAUGCAUAUUAA